UUCAUAAAGAGCUCCACGAGGCAAUGAAGCCCUUUGGGCUUUGAUGAGAUCAUGCGAUACCAAGCCUAUUGCUUUUUUCUCUUUCUUUCUUUGCCAUCAAAUUUGCCCGAAUAGCCUAGAUAGGUACCUAGGUACCUAACGGUACGUAUCGUGAACCUGGAACUAUAUCUGGUAGCAAUUAUGUUCUUUUAUACUCUGGAAUAUAACGAAAAGUUCUGGAACCUUUGACUAUACGAAACAACCAUGUGCAAGCACCGCGAUCUUUUUAAUAUGUGCGGAUGCCGGUUUAUCGACGAGAUGACUGGUGAAUGGAAGUACGAGAUCGAAAAUUGCGACAGGGGCAGGAAAAGACAGAGACCGUGCGCGAAACCCGAAAUAGCACUGCCGAUCUUUGCUAAAGACUCAUACUGCGAAGACCCUGACUGCCCAGCAUACGAUACGACUGAACCAAUAGUCCAAUGAACAGGAUUCGAUUAAUCUCAAUCAGCUUAGAUAUGCAGAUACGCAGAUAAGUAGUUUAUGUUCGGGUCUCUCCUUAAUCAUUAGUUUUGUAGUAAAUUUUAAGAGCGACAAAAACAUUCAUUUUGGACGAUCGUGUGGCUGGGGUUAAAGCUCGGACUCGGACUCGGAUGAUCAAUUGCGAAUGUUAGAGGCCUCUCUAGGCCUCUAUGUCCUACGUCUCGGGGUUCCCUUAGGCAUUCAGGCGUUCCCAAACGCGGCAGUUCGAUUUUCUGCAGGAAAAGGUGUGACGCGGGUCGGAAAGGUACCUAGUACGGGAAACACAACGCGAAAAAAGUACAAUAACGGCGAUCCCAACGCCCUUCAUGACUAAGAUGGACUGCCGCAGAUGUCGUGUUUGUCUCAGGGUGUUUUACUUUUUCCUGAAUAUAGUAUUUUACACUGAAAAUAGAUGAAUCAUACGCGGAGCUGAAUAUUUGUAUUGGGAAUCAAACCGUCUGCAGGAUUGAAAUUUUUAGGCGUGUCGGUGAUGACUCUCUGCGUUAUGGGUGCCCAUUUACA